AUGUCAGCUACGGGAACUACAAUUACCAUAUGUCGUUCAACAAGGAGAAAUCUAAGAUACAUUUUAUUGUGGCCAAGCGUCAGUGAGGAACCUAAAUCAACCAGCGCUUUCAACAUCAGAAUCGUGGUGUAUGUUUUAAUAACGGCAGCUUUCUCCGUAUGUGUGGCAAUGCAUCUUAUUGUCACAACGACAAGUAUAAACGACUUUAGCGGUGUAACAUCGUUAGUUUGUGUAUAUUAUGUAGCUUUUACAUUUACGAAAAAUCAACCGAAAGUAGCAAGGCUUCUCAUGGAAAUGUCAAAUUUCGAAAAAUUUGGAAAACCACCAAAUUUCGACCAGGAGGAUGAAACUUUAAAUUUUGUUUCCACACGAAAAGAAGAGUGCGAAGAAAAAAAUCGAAACGACGAUUUGAAUGAAAAUUGUGGUUUCGUCACACCAAUUUGGACGCCCUUCAGUACAAAAAAUCAUGUUGUUUAUUAUUUACUUCAAGCAUACGUUGUUGUGUGUGUUCAGUUACUACUGAAACCUAGCGCACUGGUGACGUUUACUGGAUUUGAGUUAACAACACAUUUGAUUUUAAGAAUCAAACAACUUAACCAAAUGAUUCACAAAAUUUUCGUCAAUACGAAUUACGAAAUUGCACGAAGAAGAUUAAAUAAUUGCCUUGUUUACCAUGCAGACCUAAUCAGGAUGGCCAAAGCACUCGAUGAAUGCUUCUCAAGUUCAAUGUUUAUGUUCACUUGCAUUACCGCAAUAGUUAUUGCGUGCAUUGAAAAACAAUUUAUCGAAGGUGAUCAUUUUUGCGCUGUAGUACAGUUUUGUGGUUGGACUAUUAUUUUAGUAUUGGCCUGCUGGUCUGGACAAAUUCUAAUGGACGCGAGCGAAUCAAUUUCUGUGUCAAUCUGGUUUUCAAAAUGGUAUGAGGCGGAUACUAGACUGCAGAAAGACAUCUUAUUGAUGUUAAAAAAAAGUCAAGAACAGUUCGCUCUCACGGCUGGACCCUUCAGUUCCCUUUCGUUUCAGCUACUUGUUUCGAUGGGCUUCAUAAUGUUACAAAAAAACCAACGCCAACUUGAUGACUUUUUUCACGAGCUGAAAAUAUUCCAUAGCACACAGGAUGAUUAA